AUGUAUACUCUUGUAUUUUUCAUUUUAUCUCUUUUAGCCUCUUUUAAUCAUGCCAUUGAAUUAGAUUAUUGUGUAGGAGACCUUAGUCUUCCUAGAGGGCCGCAAGGAUAUGCUUGUAGAGAUCCUGCUACACUAACUGCAGAUGAUUUUAUUUUCACCGGAUUUCGUGGUGAAAAAAGCAUUACAGAUGUCUUCGGCUACGAGAUCACUUUAGGAAUGUCAUUUGCAUUUCCAGCCCUUAAUGGAUUAGGCAUCUCUAUGGCAAGGCUAGACAUUGCCGUGGAUGGAGCUGUUCCAGUACAUUCUCACAGAACAUCUGAAGUUAUUAUUGUAAUAAAAGGGUCAAUUAUUGCAGGAUUUAUCGACACCAAUAAUACAGCAUAUUAUAAAAGGUUAGAAGUUGGUGACGUGAUGAUCUUUCCACAGACCAUGCUUCACUUUCAGGUUAAUGUGGGUAAUACUCCAGCUCUUGCAUAUGUUAGCUUACAUAGUGCAAUUCCGGGUUUUCAACUCACGACACCUGCCUUAUUCAGUGGCAAUUUGCCUCCUCAAAUUGCUCAAAAAAUUACUCUUAUGAAUCCUCUUGAAAUUAAACGGAUGAGAAACAUACUUAACAAAAAUUAA